UAUGUUUUUAUAUGAACAUUGAAUUUAGAUUUUUUUUUUUUUAAUAACCUAUAUUAAAUAAUAAAACGGUCUUGCGUGGUAUUGCGUGGUUCUUUAAGUUAAUAUCACGAUUUUCGAUAAAAUAAAUAUUUUAUAUUUUAAUGAGUUUAAAGUUGAAAAAUCAUAAUUGAAACUAUUUAAUAAUAUAACGGAAUGGACAGCCAAGUAUGCGGUGAUGGUAGAUUAUUAGAUUUAAUAGACGAAGCUUGGCGUAAAGAAAAAUUACCUAUCGACGAUAUUUUAGUACCUGUAGCAGAACUACCAGAUCCUGAAAGUGACAAUGGUGAUUCACAUAUGACGUUAAAAGAGUUAGAGCAAAAGUGGAAUAACCUGGCAUUGGGUACAUUAAGUGAAAAUCAUUUGCAUUCACCAACACCUUCACAUAAUUAAAUUGCGUUAAAAUAUUAUUAAAAGAUAAUAUCUAUUAAAAAGUAAUAGUGAAACAAAAUUAUUAUAUGAAAAUAAAGAAAGAUGGAAUUUCCUAAUACUGGAGAACGUUGUGCAUUGGACGAUUGUAAAGUAUUAGAUUUUCUUCCAUUUAAGUGUAAUCAUUGUGAUUUGACAUUUUGUAAAAAUCAUUUUAAUGCAGAAUCGCAUAAAUGUUCUAAAUCUUUGUCCGAUGUUAUAUCGUCGAAAGAGACAUCUUCAAAUUUUACUUGUUCUAAACAAGAUUGUAAA